CUGAUUUUGAGAUUGACUUUAGUGACUUUAACUGUCAAAAUCACAGAUGUCAAAAUUAGUCAACAACAUAACCAACAAAUGCGACCACAAAUUAAUCUUUAUAAAUUGAUAAUAAGUAACUGAUUUGACUUAAAUCAAGAAAAUUGUGUGUAGUUUCUUCCCUACAAACAUCAUUGUGGACUAAGAAAAGUGAUAAGAAUAAAUUAAUUAUGGGUCGUAAAAUACCAGCGAAGAAACAUCGUGGUGUGAAAGAUCCACUGCAGCAACAGGCAAAACGUUUACAGAGUUUGAAGGGGAAGAUAAAUGCGCCGCCGAAGGAUCCGGACGAGCAGCCCGUGCCGCGCUCGCUGCUGCGGCUGUUCGGCGCCCGCGACGCGCCCCGCACCAAGCAGCCGAGGCGGGCCAAUCUCCAGCGACAAAGUGACUCACGAGGAGGCAAGAACCCCAUUUCUCAAAUGAAGAAGCUUCCGGGUGAAACUGGCCGGUCAUUCUCGCUCCGCAUCAACAAUGCUAUCAGAGCACUACAUGGCACCAUAGACCAGGAAGAUUACCCAGUAGAAUUAGAGACGGAAGCGGAUGACGUGAAAGGUGAGCGCAUGGAAGCGCAGCGGCGGCGGCGGGAGCGCAAGCGCAAGCGCGCGGCGGCAGGGGCGGGCGCGGGCGCGGGCGCGGUGGCGGGCGCGGGGCAGGCGGCCGGCUCGCGCGCGCGCCGCGCCGCACUCAAGAAGCAGGCCAAGGAGCAGAGGGAGGCUGAAGCGGCGCAGGAGCGGCGCGAGCUGGUGUACGAGCGCGUGCGCUUCGGCGAGCAGGCGCACGCGCCGCCCGCGCUGCCGCCGCCCCGCGCGCGCCGCAACCCCGCCGCGCCCGGCGCCGCCAGGCCGGGCCGGCGCGAGCUGCUGCUGAGCCGGCUGCUGGCGCCGGGCGGGGCGGGCGGGGCGGGCGGGACAGCCGGGGCGGACGGGACGGGGGCGGGCGGCACCAAGGCGCGCGCGCUGCCGGCCGCCGAGCGAAUGCGCCGCGAGCGCGCGCGCCAGGACGCCGUCGACGCCUACCGCAAGAUCAAGGCAGCGCACGCCAAAAACAGGACGCAGUAGGAAGCAUUUUAUCGGAACAAUAAAUACAUUUAUUUCAUAAA